GGCAAUGGUUUCUUCUCAAAAUCGAACGGCUGUUAUCACCCGGCAUUAUGGUCUAUGCGCGCGCGGAGCAGCAGAUAAUAAACUCCGUAAUUCCCCGAACCGAGGAUCCAAUUGCUCUCGGCGAAUCAGUGGGCGGUGGUGAGUCCAGGAAGCGGUUUUAAUCUGCCGCCGGAAAACAACCCAGAAUGGCGGCACCGACGGUGGUUGUUUUCGACUUUGACCGGACGAUAAUCGACGGCGACAGCGACAAUUGGGUGGUGGUGGAGAUGGGUCUGACCCAGUUGUUCCAUCAGCUUCGUCCCACCAUGCCCUGGAACUCUCUCAUGGAUUGUAUGAUGAAGGAGCUCCACUCACAGGGAAAAACAGUUCAUGAAAUCGCAGACUGCUUGAAACGUGUUCCAUUGCAUCCCCGGAUUAUUGCAGCCAUCAAAGGUGCCCAUGCGUUUGGGUGCGACUUAAGGAUAGUGAGCGAUGCAAAUCAAUUUUUCAUAGAGACAAUACUUGAGCAUCAUGGAUUAUUAGGCUGUUUCUCAGAGAUCAUCACAAACCCCACCUUUGCGGAUGAAGAAGGCAGGCUUAGGAUCUUCCCUUACCAUGUUCUCAACUCAACUCCUCAUGGUUGCCGUCUAUGCCCUUCAAAUUUGUGCAAGGGUCUGGUGAUUGAGCGGAUUCGAGCUUCUGUUUCUCAGAAUGGUGGAAGGAGAUUCAUCUACCUUGGAGAUGGAAAUGGUGAUUACUGCCCAACUUUGAAGCUUAUAGAAGGUGACCAUGUGAUGCCACGAAGAAACUUUCCUCUGUGGGAACGCAUACGCAGCAAUCCAAUGCUCAUCAAGGCAGAAGUCCAUGAAUGGGUUGAUGGAGAGGAGCUCGAGAAGGUCCUAGGAUGCCUUAUCAACUGCAUCUCAGCAGAAGAAAACAUCAGCAGUAGUGAUUCCAAUCCAUUGAAUCCAUCUGAUUGCAAGUUUCAAGCAAUGCCAGACCUCCCCCAUGAAGCAGUUCCUCAAAGUCUUCCUGUCCCUCAUUAGCACAGGAUGUUGAACAUGGAUGUUUCUGGAAAAAGCAUGUAAUAUUAUCUCUCCUCUGUAAGAUUGAGCAGAAAUAUGAAUGUACCCAUAUUGCUUCAUCUCCAUGGAUUGGUGAUAUUUGGAUUCAUAUCAGCUUGUUUUUAAAGCCGGAUAUUGUUUUUGAUUUUGCUAUUGGAGUUUGUUAUACCAAUCUCCAUGGUCGAAACUUGUAAGGCAGUUGGCCUAUUUGUCGGGUUUUUGUAUUUCGAGAAAUAAGGCUCAAUUCUCUCUUGAAA